GCGUGCAAGGUGGAGUGGCUUUCUAGAAAAUUGGUUUGUUGUGCAGGUGUGAUGUUACGAAAAUUAUUUCCCAAUCACACCGUUUGUUGUUGUAGAUGUUUAAAAAAAUCACAGACAUUGUAAAUUCAACUUACAGACAUGACAUUAGGCCAUCCGUUUAUAGACAAACGCCUUGAAAUGGACCCUGUGUGGAAUCUCCCGUAUUGUUGUUAUAGAAUUUUUAGGAAAUAGUAAAUUUUACACGACAUGUGUAAGAAGAAUAAUAUGUUUAUUUUUAUUUACUGUGACUGAUGACACCUGAAAACUAUCUUUCGUUCAAACACCCUUUAAGAUGAUAACAUCAUAUCUCUAGAAUGGAAACGGAGGAGGGUGAGUACGUGUCAGUUGAAGACAACGAAAUUUGUACAGUGGAAAGUGGAGGUACAUUCUACUGGAAUACUGACUUGGGACACCCCGAGUUUGUGGAGGGGACAGUUUCUUUCGUAACAAAUGAAGAUAAUUCUUCAGUGGGUGAAAUAGAAAACGAAGUUGGCGAUUCGUCAGAAGAGCAAGAAAAUGAGGAAGAAGAAGAGGUGGAUAUGGAACCUUUAAGUUUCGAACUUCAACAAGGCUUCAGAAUUUUACGUGAACUUAUGGCAGAUGCAAACAAGUCGGUCAAUUGGCACUUCUUAGAAUCGGUCGACGAUUCAUUUCCAGAAACUCACGACUAUUAUGACCGAAUUAAGUCUCCAAUGUGGCUAAAGAAAAUGAAUGAGAAGUUUCGCCAGCACCAGUAUGAAACCAUCACCGAGUUUGUUGCUGACUUCCGCCUGAUGUUGGAGAACUGUUUCCGCUACAACGGCCCUGACCAUUACGUUUCUAAACGUGGACAGCGACUGGAGACAAUGUUGGAACAGAAGUUGGCGCUGUUGUCACGUGAUCUGCGAGAGAAGACCAGUAUAGCAGCCACCUCUGGGGGAACCUCUGAAGAGUCCUUCUCAGCAUCAGGUCUCCGCCGCCGAAUCAAAACCAUCGUGCCACAUGACUCAUCAGCGCUGUUGAACCACCUGCGCGAGGAGGAAGUGAAACAGCAGAGGGAGCAACGUCGACAGCAGAUCGCUGACCGCAAGGCGGCACAGGAGGCGUACCUCCACAACCUCCAGGAGUGGGAGGACCAACUGAUGCAGGAGCCACUCAGGUCUCAGAUGAAGGCCAUGUGGGAGAUUCCUGCUAUCGGUCACUUCCUGUUCCUGUGUCAAGAGCCGCUGAACUUAGAGGAGGUGGCCCACUAUGAACUGGAGUGCAGCUUUCUCAUGCCCAGACAGAGCUCCACUAUGCAGAGGAUCAUGUCCUCCCUGCUCUCUACACCCUUCCAGAGGACUAAACUGGACAAGAGGACUAUGAUGCCGUACUGUGUGUGGGAGGAGAAACUCAGGAAGAGAGUAGCUUCUUGGUACAAGGUGCAAGAUGACAAUCACGGAAAUGCUUAUAAAGCUGCUUACAAGCUGGGCCUAGAUGUUCACUUCUUUAAUGUUGUAGGAAAAAAAGACCCUCUAAUGAAAAAAGAGUUCCAUGAACUGUCAUUUUAUCGGAAAGUGUGGAUUGUGAAAAGCUUGUGUGACAACUGUAUGGAGACACAAGAGUCUCUCCGUGAUGCAAUCGAGGCCCAGCCUGUUGAGGAGCAGCGGAGCUACACUCUGGGCGAGGAUGCCAAGGGUAACACGUAUAUCCACUUCCCUCAGUUCUGUGGGGCGGACCUGCGCGUGUACCGACAAGACCCGUUCCCUGAACCGGAGAUGGAAAGUGAUGAGGAAGAAGGGGAGGAAUCCAAGUGUGUGUCUCAGCAGAGCGAGGAGGAAGAAACGGAGACACCGCCUGUAAAGAAGAGGCGAGUUGAUGGCAGCAGGAGUGCAGCAAGAGGAAGUGCUAGAAAGGCUGGUGUCGGACGUCCAAGCCGGAGAUCAGCAAGGUUACCAGACACAGACGACACAGAGCCAGACAACACGCCAAGCGAGAUCAGCACUGAGCCAGGGUCAAGGUCACUGACUGCCACUCCAGAGAUUGAGGAAAUGGAGGAUGAAUGUCUUUAUUCACGAAGGACACGUUCGGGAAGAAGUUCUCGGAAAAGCCUUUAUCGGAAUGGGAUCACAAGAGAGCUCGAACGGGCCCUACGCAAAAUCGGACGCAGCAAAGUCGAGGACAGAGGAAGUGAAGAACGAGAGGAGAGUGUCGCCAGUGAUUCAGAACGAGAUGAUGUCGGUACUACAGAUAGUAAUCAUAACAAUAACAAUUGUGCAAGUCAGCCAGACGAACAAGAUUCAUUAGACUGUGCCCCAUCUGGAGGCCGGAGUAAAGGCAGUUCUGUGGAAAGGGGGAGUAAUGGAGCGUCUCGAACUGAUUCUCCAAGUUUGAUUUGUGAGUCGAAGCAAAAUGGUGAUAAUAAAAACAUAAUAAAAUAUGAGGAUGAGAAGUGUGAUGUAAAUAGUGUGGAUGUGAAGGCGGAGAAAUGUGAGACUGAUGUAACAGACAGUGAUGGUGGCAUGCAGUGUAAUGGACGGACAUGUGACACGUCAGACGACAGCAAGAGUGCAAUAGUCAAUGGUGAUAUUCCUAGUGACGGCAGUGCCAAGGAUGGAGCUGCUGUUGCGGAACAUCUGGAAGGGCAGGGUGGUUCUCAGGGAAAUGGAGUAAAGAGAGAGGUCAAAACAAAGAUUCACGAAGACGAGAAAGUCCUGUGGGACGAUCAGAAAUCUGACUCUAGUGCUCAAAAUGUUCAUGGUGCUGAUAACUCUACAGAUUGUAAAAGUGAUAUUAAAUGUAACAUCGAUGCAGUGAAAUCUGAAAGUGAUGUAGGAGGGAAUGGUAAGGACUGUUCCACGGAGACUGGCAAAGACGAUGACAAGCUUGUAAAGGAUUCUGAGGCCAAGAUGGAGAGUAGUUCUGUGGUGAACACAGAAUCAGCACAGGAUGACAAGGAAGGCGGAGGAUCUGUGAAAGAGGAGACCAAGCCAUCAGAGUCAUCGGAGAAAAAUGUUGACAUGGAUAAAGCAAACAUAGAUGAGGAAGAGGAGGAAGAAGUAGAAAUACUGCCCGAUAUUGGAUCUUUUGAGUUGAUGGCAGACAGCGUGGAAGAUCUACGUCUUCUGGCGGAGAAGUUUGCUGAGCAGCCUGAGCCACCGAUUGUCAGCACACGGGGAAAGAAGCAAAAGUCCAAGCCCCCACCCAGAAAGCGAUGUGAAGUAGACCUCCAUGCUCGACUCCUGUACCUGCUGAAGGAACUGGAACCCUGGGAAACCAAACUGCUCCAGGCCAGACGGAAAGCUCGGGUCAAGAUUAGGAAAGAGCUGGAUGAAUUUAAGGAAGAGGAGGUCAAGAAACAGGAUGUGGAAAGUUGGAAUACUGAGGAAUCCUCCGUCUCAUCCAGUGAGGACACAGAUGCUGAGGAUGCUGGGAAGGAAGACCAGUUGGAGGUGAAGGUAAAAAAAUCAAUCUUCGCCCCAACACCAAUUUCAACUGACAGCCGAGACAGCAUGGCUGGCAAUGCUGAGGAGGAAUAUGAAUUGGAUGUUAGUUCUCGAGGGCGUCUACGCAAACGGAGAGUUAUACCCAAUAAUAUCGAAGACCAGGGAAUCAAGAAGAAGAAAGUCAGUAAGCCAGGAGAAGAGCCCAAUUCUCCAGCCCACAUGCCGAACAUUCUCCAGAAACAGAUGAAACCAAUGACAUCUUCAACAGUGCUAUCAGUCGCUGGGGCUUCACCAUCUGUCCAAGGUCUCUCGGCCAGUAAGAUACUCCGUAUGUCCAUUCUGAAUCAGACUCAAGGUAAGACUAGUCUAAUUUCACCAGGAGCAUCUCCUGGGAAUAUUAGACUGACAUCUUUGACAAGCGGCGUGUCAGUUACGCAAUCUUCUCAUCCAGUUAUUCAGAGCCUUCUCACAACUCGGCAACAAGAAGCAGCCACAUCACCUUUACAAGUUCGACCCAAACCAUCAGUCACACAGACAAUAAGACCCCAGUAUGCAGCAGCGAAACCAGGAGUACCCCAAGCAUCUCCAAAACCAUCCCCUGGGAAACAGACUCUAGAGGUUGCAGGGGGUAAUGCCCCAGCAAGUACCCAGAAGAUCCUCAACUCCCUGCCCGCCAGUGUUAUACAACAGCUGCUCAGACACAAGGCCAUCAAGAUUCAAACCACAGGACCAGGUGGGACGACUUUGUUCCUCACCUCUGCUGUACCAACCUCGUCAUCUCAACCCAGUGCAUCAUUACAACCACAACAGUUGGGAGUCCAACCACCGCAACCAGUAGCUUCAUCUCAGCCCACACCAACACAAGCUGUGUUCACCAGUCUCCCUGGAUUGCAAGCCGAUGUGUCCAAUCCAUCUGUGUCAUCAGGUCAGCAAGUAAACCAGUUCACAGUGAUCAGCCAGUCUGUGGCUGCCUCACCUAAUGUAGUUCCUUUACUGAAUCCAAAUAUCAUCAGUGGAGCAGGAGUGGGUACAAAACCACAGUUGUUGGUGGGAACUGCCCCUGGUGCGUCAUCACCGAAACCUGUGAUACUAGCACAACAGACUAGUCCCAGUCAGAUAUCCCCAAAUCCAUCUUUAACACCUGAUCCAGUGGACCAAAGUAAUACAAAAGCAUACCUCACCACCAAUAUUGUAUCUCCAUCUAAACAGAAGUAUGCUAGCAAUGUUACUGUGAAAGCCUUGUUGGAAAACAGGGCCUCCUUGAAGGGCCCUGAUUUACAAAGUAUCAUCAACAAAAAUGAAGCAGGUGAGGGCAUGGGCCUGUUAUCCAGCAUCAAGAUGACCGAGACUCCAGCACUUACCACCAAGACCAACAUCAACCUGUGCAAGGUUGUACUGCCUGCCACUGGAGGCCAGCUGAAACCCCGAGUAGUGAAACUCCCCACACAGGAAGCCCUUGAUUCUGCCCUUCAAUCUGUUGUGACAUCAGUCCGCACGUCAUUACCAACAGCCCACAUCAAAGUGCCAUCCCCAGUCACCUUACCCUCGAUACAGCCUCGUCGUAAUGUCACCAAGACCAUUCAGAGCAUGAAGGUGCCGAUCCCUGCUGCGCAUAGAGUUGAAUCUACUUACUCGCCCAUUACAAUAACCUGUCCCUCCAGUGUUAACCAAAGUGCCUCUGAGUCCAUUACCAGUCUCUCACAAGUUACCAAGUCACCACUUAAGACAGAGUAUGUUAUACAGAAUCCAACUGCAACAAGCUCUUCUCAAAAGAACAUGUUGCUGAAAGUCGUGCCUCAGAAUUUCAUCACUUCUCAGGGUCUAGUUCAAGGCUACCUGACUCCACAGGGCUUGGUGAUACCACAGAACAAGCAGACUGUGUUGUCUGGAGGUGUGCAGAUUGCUUCUUCAGUGAAUGUUGGUGGGACUGUAUCAACUCCCAAGACAAACCAGGUAAAUGUUGCUCUCAGUAGUCCAGGCAAAGAGACUGUGACUCAGACUGCUCAACUAGCUGCAGUCAAAGCAGUGCAAGAUCCUGGAAAGCACAUACAGUUGAGCUUUUCUCCUGGGAAGCAAACAGUUUCUCCUGCUUCUGUUCAAGGACUCUCAGCAGUUAGUAUUGCACAAGGCUUGAACAUAAUGGGUAAACAAGUUGCGGCAGAUGGUAAUCCUCUGCAAAUAACAGUUCAGAAUCAACCAACUUUAGCAUCUGCUUCAAGUGUGAUCAAGACUGUCAAAAAUACACCUCUGUUAUCCAAGGUUGCUACUCCAGCGGCUGAACUUGUAAAGCAGAUUGCUGCAGGACAAAGCACCAUGAUCCAAGGUACCAGGAUGGUGGUGCCUGCAGCAGCAACUAUUCAAGGCAAAAACACAGUGAUGACAAAUGUUGGUGGGAAAGUGCCUGUGUCUGGUCAGCAGACGCCAGCUGUCAUUCCAGCAUUGAUGGUUGGGCAGCCAGCUGUAGCCAGUACUCCUAUCACACCUAGACUGAUUGUUCCAGCACAACAAAUUGGUGGUACUCCUGUACAGUAUGGCAAGUCUGUGAAUAUAAGUUCGUCUGAAGUGACAAAUAAACAAUCUAACUCUGUACAGCUUACAGGAAAAGGCCAGUCACCCUUUGUGUUGUCCCUUGGCAGUGGUCUUCAAAAUGUUAUUCUCUCCCCUCAGAAAGACACAUCUAGUCAACCAGCUAGUCACAUACAGAAUGCCACUCUCCAGAUGUCUGCACCUCAGACGUUUAGCAAACAAACUGCAGUACCACAAAAUGUUGCAACAUUACAACUACCUGUUCAAUCAAUGCAGCUCAAUCAGCAACUUCUGAAGCUGACACCACAACAGUUAUCCUCUGCCCUGCAGAUCUCCCCACAGCAAGCUCUCUCGGGGGUGCAGGUUAUCCAGCAACAACAGCAGCAACAGAUCUCAGUCAGUGGAUCUGGUCAAACAAUACCCUCAAAACAAAUCAUACUGUCACCACAGCAACUGGGCAAUGUUGCCAUGACACCAGGGGUCAAGAUGGUGGCUCAGCCAUCAGUAGGGGCUGGUAUAACUGCACUGAUCAACAAAACUCCUCAGUUCAUUCAACAGAAAAUGGCAACAAUACAAGUGGCUGCACCCCCAGGACAGCAAGAUGGUAAAGCACCUGUUCUACUUCAGCAACAUCCAGCACCAGCAACAGGUCAUACUGGAAAGGUUCUUCAGGUUGGUCAGCAUCAAAUGCUUAUCAGCAAGUCUCUACCACAACAACCUAUUUCAUCUCCUUCAGUUCAAACAUCCAAGCUGCAACCAUCGUUUAAAAUGCCUCUCUCCAACAUUCAGCAAAAUCCUGGUGUUCAGUUUGUGUACUCACCAACAGGUAAUACAGCCACUUUGGCAGCUGAACCUGUAAGUACACCCUCAAGUCCUUUAAUCCCCAAUCCUGGCUCCAACAGAGUCUCCAUCCAGGCAGCUCAGGCCUCAACUAAGGCUGCACUCCAGGCUCAUCUCUGUCAAACCAAGACUGCAACCAAUGUCUCAGCAGCUAAAACAGGAACAUCCACACUAUCGUCAAUGCUGGGCCAUGAAAAGGUGAAAGCUGUGGCUAAAUCAUCUGCCACCAAUCUGGUUGCAUCAAAUGCCAAUGUUGUCUCACAGGUGCUUCAAGCAGCUGAGGCUAAGUUUCCAGCUUCUACAGUGGUCAACAACAUUAUACAAGCUGCCCAGGUGAAUGCAGAAGGGAGCAAGGUUUCCCCGACUAAGAUAGUAUCACCCUCGCAAGAUGAAGGAGAGGGAGAUGGAACAGGCAGCAAGCAGCAGAAACUUCUGUUGUACAACAUCGGGGGCCAGUUGAUGACUGCACAGGGAGUACCUGUCACUGUUGAACAAGGUGUUCUCAAAGUACUGCCACAGGCCACAAUCCAGAUAGGCAACCAGAUGCUCACAAUCCGAUCUCCGUCCUCAGCCAUGGUUGAAAGUCCAAGUCCACCAAAAGGAGCUCCUCCUCCUAAUGAUAGUGCACCAAAAACAUCUUUAAAGCCACCACAACCAGCAUCAGUGCAACUCGGCACCAAUACCAAUGUUCUGGUUCAAGCUAACAUAGCAAGUGCAGGCAUUGGCCCGAGUAAUGUCAUUAGUCCAAGCAUUCAGUCUGAUGGUAAAUCUUUGCCAAGUAAUCACUCCCGAACAACUACUUUGUCACCAGUUUGUACACUAGCUACAGCUGACCAGCUCACAGCGCAAAGUCAGCAAGCAUUUCCAGAAAGCCUUGACAGUGGGGAUCUGCUCUUUGGCGCAGACAACAAGCAAGAAGGAUAUGCAACGGCAAAUAGUGUUCAGACAGGACUACAAAUGACACAGACUGUAGUUGGACAAACUGUUUCAAAUAAUACUGUCACAAUACGUUAUCCAGUUUCUGGCGAGCCACAGACUGGGCAGUUGAUGCCCAGUGUGGUAGAUGAGCCACAAGGACAUCUGCUGACCUCUUCCAGUGUCAGCAAGACUAAACCAGUUCUCCAGAAAACAGGCAGUAGAGAGGAAGCUGCUCUUAACCUGUUGAGUCUUGCAAACAUGUCGGACAGAUAAGUGUGAAUGAAUGGCAAGUUAUGAACUGUUGAACACUGUGGCCUUUGUUACUGGAUGUUGAUAGUUUGAUGUAAAAAGAAAUGAACUCUAUGGUGAUUUUUGAGCAAUACUAGCUGCUGUAUUGUUUUGCCAAAUGUGUACCAUGUAAUCAUUUUCUCAAACAGUUGUGCAUACAUAUGGAUUUAUGUAACAAGUAUUACUGGUCAAUCAUGGUUCUACUUGUGUCUCAGUUGUCUCAGGCGGCAUAAUCAGGACACUCCUGUCCUUGACCUUGACCUUGUACAACUCACAUCACAGACCAUAGGACAAGAGGUGUCAUCAUUCCAUUGUCUGUAUACUCAAAUAAGGGAACAUCACCAUUCCAUUAUGUAUGCAAGCAUUGUUCAUUUGCAUUGGAUAGAUUGCACCUUGGGGUUUGCACAUUCAUGUAUAUACAAGACAUAAUUUAAAGUUUGUUCAAGUUUCAGAGUACAGAGAAUGUCAAAUCUCAAUUAAGCUCGGGAAUCAAUGCUUCAUUUGAUUCAAUGGUUAAGUUUAACUGAGAGAUGUUUGGAGUUGGAGCUUAUUGUUAGAGAUUUUAAGAUUGACAUGACGAUGUCCUUUGCCAACGAAACCUGAGACUUAUUCUGUUAUUGUGGAUAAAAAUGAUGUGUUGAAUAAUGGCUCACAAUGUAUCAAGCCAUUGUACUAUAGUUCUUGUUAACCUGGCCUGUGCAACAAAGGGAUCAUAGUGUCAAGAUCAUCUGACUCCAUUACUUUAGCACAGUCGCCGAAGCACUGUGAUCAUUUGUUGAACAGAGCCCAGAACAUGCAGCAUCGCUAGCUGAACCAUGCCCUAUGAUCUGCUCUUUGAACUAUAUGGGUCAACAAAGCAGGAUUCGAGACCGAUGUGAGAAAUGUGUUCUCAGUCAAUUCUGAUAUAUAUUAUGAUAAUUGAGCAAUGAAUUAUGGAAAUUGUAAGAUAUAUUUCAUUC